GUAUUUGUGUGGGUGAUGUAUUUUAAAAUUUAUUCGACUUCAAAGUGAGGGUUGUAGAUGAGGGACAUCCAGGGGGUUUACGUUGUGUUGGCUGUUUGCGUUUUAUCUUGAAGAAAUUUGUGUUUGGAGAGAGUUACCUCAAGUGUUCACUCAAAUCCGUGAAGACUUGGAAGAAACAACGGUCAGAAAAAGUGGAUCGAAAUUCAAACAAUGAGAAGCUCGGGUUUUCGUCCAAUCAGGAAGCAGGGUUGUGCCAAAACCAACCAAUGAAAAGCCCCGGUUCUUAACCAAUGAGAAACUUGGUUUUCGUCCAAUCAGGAAACAGGGUUUCAGUUCCUUAAAUACCACAGACGCUGUCUUGUCAUCACUUUGCUGAUGCUUUCAAAGAAGAAUCAUAAUGUCAAAGCAUAUGGAUAUCAAGGCACCGAGGGAAGUGUGCCAUGAAGUGACACCCAACCUUCCUUCCCCCGAUGUCAGGUCAACACAGUCAGUGUUGGAACAGUGGUGGGAACCCUGUUUUACUGAGGGGCCCCGGGAACCAGCAUAUUCACCUACACCCCCUGUGAUUAUGAUCAGUGAUGAUGAAGCACGCAAUUUGGCAGCACUACCUCCCAUGGAUGCGGACACACCCACCCUGCUUGAUGUGCCACCAUCACCGAAUGAUACCUUCCAUGGCGACGACGACCGUGAUGUGCCAUGCGACGACGAUCUUCUUUUUGAAGAAUGUAAUAACUAUCGCCAUAACAAUGACGGAAUACCUAACCACUGUCACUGGUCAUGUGAUGUGUCCUGUCUGUUUCAGGGAUUUGAAUGGUUAAACGUGGCCAUUAACAUGGUCAGAACCUUUUGGAUUUGAAGAUUGAAGGUUUCGCGUUCUUUGAGGGACAUGUUAAGCACUCCCUCCUCAGUUGUCCAUUAAUUCGUAUUUCCUAUGUAUAUAUGUUGAUGUUGUUUUUUUCAUUAAACAGUGAUUAAUUGAA